UAAUGGUCACGACGACGACGACGCAGCUGCGCCGUCAGUGACUCAUACUUCUCCAUAAGCGGAGAAAAAUGUCCUCUAGCAGCUGGACCAACCAGGGCCCAGCAUUCGAAUCGCCAUAGGCGAGUUAUUUUUCAUCUGCCUCGGGCACAGUUAGUGUAAAACCGUUCGGCGUUCUAUACGCUUGUAAUAUUUUGCGACAAUAAAGAGUUAAAAAUGUGAACCGAUUUUUUGUUCUAUUCGAGUAUUAACAUUUUGGUGACCGACGACGUGAUUUGAUCGCGUUUUCGCGAUUUUCGUUUCGUUUUUUCCGUUUUCUCACACUGUGAGUGACUUUACGCGUUCGUUUCUUCGUUUUCUCACACUGUGAGUGACUUUUCGAGUUCGCGAUCGCGACUUUCGAGUUCGUUUUGGCGACUUUCGUGUUUGUUUUCGCGAGUUUUCGUGUUCGUAUCUUCGUAUCUUCGUGACUUUUCGUAAUGGCACCGCCAAAACGUACGCCGGAAGCGACUCGGCGUUUGCGCGACAAUAUUAUUAGGAUGUUCGAGAUUAAUAGGGACUGGCUGGGAGACACAACGACGGACAAGCGGCCUAGGGAGCUCAAACGACGUAUCAAAGGUUUGGAAGAUAAGUACAUGGAGUUCACUGCUUUGACCAACGAACUGCUGGUUGAGGAUGAGUCCGAGGGAGCGGACACAGAGCAAGUUGCGGUAAGCACCGAAAAUUUAUACUUUGAAGUUGUCUCCCGACUGGAGGCUGAACUAGAUCGAUUAGAAAUCAACAACGAAGAGCAGUCCGAGGCUGGCUCUCAGUAUGGCAGUUGUAAAAGCCAUAAAAUCGAACAAAGCAACGUCUACCGAAACGAGAGUUACCUACGUUUGAUGGUAAUAAACCAGAAGAGUGGCCGAGUUUCUUCCAGCGGUUUACGACCGCGCUUCGUCACCCUAGUAUUUCCGACCUUGAGCGCUUUGAAUACUUGACUGGAUGUAUUAAACAGCCAGCAUCCGACCGUAUUAGCCAUAUACCACUACUCGAGACUAAUUACCAGUUCGCUCUUCGUAAACUGAAGCGUAGGUAUGAAAAUAAACGCUUAAAUUUACGACUACACCUCGGCAAGUUAUUCCAGCUCCCCCUUACUAACGAGAACGACGCCUCCUCCCUCCGUAAACUGAUUGAUGUUACGACAUCUAACAUUCGCGCAUUGGAAAAUUUGGACCUAAAGAGGGACAGUUUUUCCAAUGAAUUACUGGUACAACUUAUCAGUUCGAAACUCGAUCGAAAGACUAGAGAAAUGUGGGAGACCAUUCGUGGGGAGGCAGAAGUAGACGGAGAUGAAGAAGAUGACGAGCAAGCAGCUGAGAAAGAUGCCGACACCUUCUCAGAAUUUACUGACUUCUUGGAGAAACGAUUACGCGUCAUUUCAUCUGUAUUUGCCGGCAACAAGACCGAUAGCACGUCGACGACAAAACCCCCCCGUAACCGCACAGCCUCUCUCAUCACAACUUCGACUGUGAGUCCUCGUUCGUCUACUGGUGCCGCGGCUGCUGGUACUGCGCCGCCCACCCCACACCCCUGCUUGUGCUGCGAUAAAGCGCAUCCACUUUACAUGUGCGACGUAUUCAAGUCGCUUGGCAUAGUUGAUCGUUAUCAGAAGGUUCGUGAUGCAAAACUCUGCGUCAACUGUUUUUCAAAUUCGCAUUGGGCGAAAGACUGUAAAUCGAUUCGAUGUAAGGAGUGUAGCCGAUUACAUCAUACUCUACUUCAUCCGCCACGGACCACGAAUUCGGUACAAGGGACACCGCCCCCUCCCCCUCAGACUACAACUACAGCACCUGUAACCUCCACCACAACUACUACAACGACAGCCGCAUCUAUCGUCACUGCUGUAGCAAACCGAGCACGUGAUGUGCUACUCAGCACCGCUCUCGUUCAUGCGUCAUCCAAUGAGCAGGUAUGUGAAAUACAUGCCUUACUUGACGGUGCGUCUCAUGUUACGUUGAUUACUUCCGAAUUAGCUCGUACCUUGAACUUGAAAUUAUCGCACUCGACUACUGCGAUUUCUGGACUCGGUGGUCACCUAUCGGCGGCGGUGGCUACUACCUCGAUUCGUAUUGCUGCGCGGGAUGGAAGUUUUUCAAGAAUGUUACAUGCGACUGUGGUCAACCACGUUACUGACCCCCUCCCCGCCACCAGCUUCGAAAUACCGUCAUCUUGGUCGUUUACUCAGCAGUACAAUCUGGCGAAUCCCAGCUUCAACGUGUCGCGAUCGAUUGAUAUGUUGAUUGGCGCAGAUUACCUGUACGACAUCGUUUUACCAGAAAUGGUGAAAAAACCUUCACUACCAACACUUCUCGCUUCUCGCCUUGGGUGGUUAGCCACCGGACCCUACUCUGCCUCGUCAAACAGUACCAAUCUACGUUGUCUCAAGGUAACUGUCGCUAGUAACGAACUUCGAGCUAUCUCUUCAUUUUUGGGUCUAGAUGACGUCGUGCACCCAAAGGAACAACUCACGGCCGACGAGGUCGCCUGUGAGGAAAUUUUCGUGAAAACUCAUCAGCGUGAUGAGACCGGUCGUUUCGUGUUGGACUUACCUCGACGUCCUGGAGUCGCGUUGGGUGAGUCUCGUCAUCUCGCUAUCGCUCGACUAAAACGUGCUAGAAUCGAUGACAAGUACAACGAAUUCAUGCGCGAGUAUGAAGCUUUGGGUCACAUGAGCAAAUGUGCUCCCCCCGCACCUGGUGAAGAAACAUACUACAUUCCUCACCAUGCCGUGUAUCAUAACGGCAAGAUACGCGUAGUUUUCGACGCAUCGAUGAAAUCCAGCAACGGCGUUUCACUGAACGACUGCUUAUUCAUCGGACCUACUGUCCAACCAAAACUUGAGAUUAUUUUACUACGUUUUCGUAUGCAUCGUUACGCCCUUGUAGGAGACAUCGAGAUGAUGUACCGUCAAAUACUCUGCGCUGUGAAGGACCGAAAAUUCCAACGAAUCGUAUUUUUCGUUGAUGGUGAAAUUAUCGACUACGAGUUAAAUACCAUUACAUAUGGUACCAGUUCUGCGCCAUUUGAGGCCACCCGUACUCUCAACCGAAUUGCAGAAGAUGGUGCAAGUGAAUUUCCUCUUGCGUCUGCUGCACUGCUCGACAACACUUACAUGGACGAUUGUCUCUCCGGAGCUGACACCAAGGAAGAAGCGCAAAGGCUGCGUACUGAACUUAUCGAGUUGGUUCAAACCGCGGGAAUGAAAUUUUCUGCGUCGAAAUGGCUAUUGAAUGAACCUACGCUACUCAACCCAACUGACCGUUCGUCUAGUACUUCACUUAACCUACAUUGCGGCCGUACAUUAGGUGUGGCAUGGAAUACAAAUCGAGAUACAUUCAGUUUUCCCUCCCUCGCUACUCUCGCCUGGACUGGUGAUACAUUGACUCGUUGUAGUGCACUUUCGUGCAUCUCGCGUAUUUUCGAUCCGAUUGGCCUACUUGCGCCUCUCACCGUAGGAGGAAAACUCCUCAUACAGGAAUUAUGGUCCGAGCAGAUCCAAUGGGAUGAUGCGGUGGAGCCAGAAUUUCAAAUUCGUUUCGAGGGCUUCUUAAAGGAUGCUGCAUCGGCGGCGGCGAUCGAGUUUGAGCGGUACCUCGGAACCGGUGACUACAAACAGGGACAUUUCGAAUUGCACGGUUUUGGAGACGCUAGUCGACAGGCAUACGCAGCCUGUAUCUACAUUAAAGGUACCUAUGAUGGGAAGACUGUGACACGUUUAUUGGUCUCAAAAACUCGUCUUGCGCCAAAGACAUCACCUCGGACUAUCCCUCAACUAGAACUCUGCGCCGCCGACCUACUGGUGCAGCUUUUGAAGGGAGUAACAACAGAAUUGAACUACCCAAUCUCGAAGUGUUUCGUUUAUACUGACUCGUCAAUUGUCAUAUCGUACCUCGCCAAGCCAGCCGGCCACUGGAAACCAUUUGUGGCAAAUCGUGUACAACGUAUUACCGAUUUGAUUCCGCCAGCCCAGUGGCGACACGUACCAGGGGAUCAAAAUCCUGCUGAUUUGGCUACUCGCAGUGAUUCAUUCGCCACCUUUCUCCAGCGACCAGAACUCUGGCAAUAUGGUCCAGAAUUCCUUCAAAACGUUGAAGGUUCUUCAAUUACCUCUCCUCUGUUCGAUGAACGUGCAUUAAGCGAUGCACGUGUAUCCGUUAAUGUAGUUGUUGCAGUCGACACCGUCCAGACUGAGCAACCAGACUUCGUUAGUCGAGUAAUCACUCAUUGUUCCGAAUACGUACGUGCUCGAAGUAUUAUCGCAUCAAUGCUCCGAGUUAGAGAUUUCCUACUGACACGAGUCCGUAAAACAACCCCUCAGUCUGGUCAUUUUACAGCAAAGGAAUUGACCCGAGCGGAGUUGGAAUUGUUGCGCGCCGCUCAACGAGAUACCUACGCGAAGGAAUUAGCUCAACUUGUAGCUAACCAACCGUUACCACGAAAAAGUCAACUGAAAUCGCUUUCACCGUUCCUAGAACACGAGUUACUUCGAGUCGGAGGUCGGAUCUCACGUGCCGACCUACCCUACGAGCGCCAACAUCCAGUCAUCUUACCUGCUUCUCAUCGUCUUACGCUACUACUGAUCCGAAAUUGCCACCAUCGAUUUUUUCAUGCUGGCACUCAAUUCAUUGAGACUCAACUACGCCGUCAUUUCUGGAUUGUUGGCCCUCUUCUGCCUCGUAUACAAAAAUGUAUUCGUACUUGCGCUCGAUGCGCCAGAUUUCGUCAAAAUGCUCAACGUACCCCAAUCAUGUCCGACCUUCCUUCAGCACGAGUUCGUCCUUCAGCACCCUUCAGUCACGUUGGUAUCGACUAUGCGGGUCCGUUCAAACGUCGUUCGGAUAUACGCACCCGUUCCCAAACAGAGUUGAAGACCUACGUGGCAGUUUUUGUGUGUUUUUGCACUCGCGCAGUGCACCUGGAAAGCGUAUCCGACCUGUCCACAAAGGCGUUCUUAGCUGCGCUGCAGCGUUUCGUUUCUCGUCGUGGAAUUCCCACUAAUAUCUAUUCUGACAACGGAACUAACUUCGUUGGAGCUGCCAACAAACUCCACGAGGAAUUCCAAAGGCUUGCCAAGGAACCACAGAUACAUUCGUACGUCAGUGACCUGCGCAUCAACUGGACCUUUAACCCCCCAGCAGCCCCCCACAUGGGUGGGUUAUGGGAAGCCGCAGUAAGGGUGAUGAAGUUUCACCUGUAUAGAGUCAUUGGUGAGACGGCGCUGAACGUCGAAGAAUUCAGCACCGUACUAUGUCAAAUUGAGGCGAUUAUGAAUUCUUGCCCAAUUACGCCAACUUCGUCAUCGUCACAGGACCUGGAAGUUCUAACCCCAGGUCACUUCCUCGUUUAUCGUCCACUAACCGCCUUACCAGACAACAUCACCGAUUCCGAUCUUCGCCCUUCCCAGAGAUGGGAUUUACUCACGCACCUUCGUAAUUCGUUUUGGCACCGUUGGUCUGCCGAAUAUCUGCAAUCGCUUCAGAAACGAGUCAAGUGGACGAACCCAACACGCUCAUACAACGUCGGCGACAUCGUCCUUCUAAAGGAAACAACGACCCCGCUUACCUGGCCACUGGCUCGCAUCAUCCAAGUUUACCCCGGCGCAGAUGGCAUUGUGCGCUCGGUCGACGUAUUCACUCGCGGUGGAACUACAUACCGCCGCCCCGUGGUAAAACUCAUACCUCUCGUAGAUGUCGAUGAAGCGAAUUUCGACGCCGCUACAGACACCGACGUCGACGGCGGCGGGAUUGUUAAUGGUCACGACGACGACGACGCAGCUGCGCCGUCAGUGACUCAUACUUCUCCAUAAGCGGAGAAAAAUGUCCUCUAGCAGCUGGACCAACCAGGGCCCAGCAUUCGAAUCGCCAUAGGCGAGUUAUUUUUCAUCUGCCUCGGGCACAGUUAGUGUAAAACCGUUCGGCGUUCUAUACGCUUGUAAUAUUUUGCGACAAUAAAGAGUUAAAAAUGUGAA